UAGCCCAUCACCUUGAUCACCCGAGACAAUCGCAUACGCCUCCGACGAAGCAUACAUGCACCGGACUCAAUCACCAAGGCAGACAACCAUGCAUCUCGAAGCGCGUGUGCUGGGAGUGGUGACUAUAAGAGCGAUGGGAGGGUGAUCUGGCAGUCAGUCUGCUUGUCCGCUUCCCUCAAACCUCACUGUCCAUCGUCGCGGUCUCGCGAGCUUUGACGCCUUGCAUACCCUAUAUCAUACGGAAGAGAUAUCCCAUAGCCUCUCUACUACAUCCACGAUGGCUCCCACCGCCUUUGACGCGCUCAUGAACAUCGCCAGCUCCUCAAACAUACAGAACUCUGUGGGAGGCCCCCACGAUGCCCUCCUCGCUGACGGGCGCCUGAACCCCGCCGCCAUCCCUGACGCAGCCACCCUCGCCUCGAUCGACGCUGCCCAGCGAUCCGGCGUCCUUACCACUAUCGGCGUCGCCGCCAUCAUUCUCACCGUCUUCCUCCUCUACGGUCUCGGCGUGAUGUACGCACGCAUAUAUCAGCAGCGCCGCGCGUGGCACGAGAUUCUGUCGACGCCGUACCCUGCGAUCCGCAAGGAUCUGAACCGCGUCUCGACACCGCUGCCUACCCUGAGCCCGGUCAGUUUGGCCCAGCCUGCUGCGGGGAUGCCGAGCUAUGCUGGAUACGCUGUAGCGCGAGACGACAAGAAUAGCGUGCGGGUGACGCCUCAUGCGCCGCGGGGGUCGUCGAGGAUGGUAUAUGCGGGGAAUGAGUCGGUGAUCUCGGAGGCCUCGGGGAACACGCCUCCUGGCUUGUCAGUCUUGAACGCACGAUCGGAGACGACGCUGGUCGACCUGUCAAGCGGCAGGACCGCAUGAUGGGUCGUUGUGAACCGAGUAUGUUGAUACCUGGUGGAUGACUACCGUAUCCUUAUUGCCUCGUUCUAUGGCUCUUAUAUAUACUCACUCUUUUCGUUCUGUAAUGUCAUUCUCUUUUGCAAUGUAUACGCGAGACCAUCGAGGUUGGAAAUUAGCACGACUUAAGAAACUCGCACCGUGACGAACGC